GAAAUAUGACGAGAUGUUAUGUCAUUCAAUUCCAUAUAUCGAUCAUUUACAACAAAUAUAUGCUAAGUUAAACUCAAACGAACUCUACCGAACCAUCUUAAACUUCUUCGUUUCAACCUAUUUUCGAGACUCUAUUAGAACAACUCUCGGGCUUUCUUCCACUACUCACAGUCUCACGCACCUUACCUCUACAUAAACCUACCGACUUAGUCCAAGACGAUUAACUAUAACAUAUCCAAACUGUCUCCUAGAUCACCGUCUCGUCUCUCGGCUUUCCUAGCCCACCUCCGCCCGGUCCAAAGCUCGAUUCGAUCUAGACAAUCAAUGAACAUGGCCUGGCACAAUUCCGGCACCACCAACGCCGACCUAGUCGAGAACCUCUGGCGCAACAAGCUCAUCACGCAGCCCGUUGUCAAAAACGCCUUCCUCAAAGUCGACCGCGCCCACUACGCCCCCUCGCAGCCAUACGAAGAUAGCCCCCAGCCCAUCGGCCACGGAGCCACCAUCUCAGCCCCCCACAUGCACGCCCACGCCGUCGAGACCCUACUCCCCUUCCUGCUGCCCAAAGUCAACGACGACGACCCGGGCGUAAUCGGUCAACCCGGCCGGCCGAGAAGGGUCCUCGAUAUCGGCAGCGGAAGCGGGUACCUAACGCACGUACUCGCGGAACUCGUCGGCGAGACGGGCGUGGUCGUCGGGCUGGAACACAUCCCCGCGCUGAAAGAGCUCGGCGAGCGCAACAUGGCCAAGUCGCCCGAAGGCAGGGCGCUGCUGGACUCGGGGCGCGUGCGCUUCCGCGUGGGCGACGGGCGGAAGGGGUGGUCGGAGCCGAGUCCCGGGGAGUCGCAGCCGGGCGUCGGGGGCGCGGCGGCUCCGGAUGCGGCGGCGAGCGAAGGCGAGAAGAAAGACGAGGCGGGGGGCUGGGACGCGAUACACGUCGGCGCGGCGGCGGCGACGCUGCACGACGAGCUGGUCAGACAGCUACGGAGCCCGGGGCGCAUGUUUAUCCCCGUCGAGGCGGGGAAUGGCUGGGAGGAGCAGUAUAUUUGGACCGUGGAUAAGGACGAGCAUGGGAAUGUUACGAAGAAGAAGCUGUAUGGGGUUAGGUAUGUGCCGCUUACGGAUGCGCCGAAAUGAGGGAAGGGAAGAAGACUUUGGGUUGUUGAGGUUUAGGUAGUUUUAUGUUUAUGUGUUGUCGGGGAAGAGAUGGGAGACUCAUUCGUUCGGUCGGUCGUUCGUUCGUUUGUUUGUUUACAUCAUUCCCUAUUCUAAGGUAUGUUCGUUAUUUUUCUUCUGCUAACUACCUAUUUACGGGAUAUUGAGCGAACUUGUUAACCUGUGAGAUUCUAGAGGGUGUAUAUUAGUGCUGGAGUAUUCGCGAACCCUCAACUAUUAAUUAUGCGCAAUGCAGGGUUAUCCUGGGCACAGCAGUGUAUGUAUCUAAUGCCUCUCAAAUAUUUAAUUCGACAUCG